AGGAUAGCAGAAACCUGGCAUUUUAGGGCUCGAAAGUUCGUUAAAUCCGUGGCGGGAACAAAUCUGAAAAUUUCACCCAAAUCAAACGAAAUCAGUUUUACUUAAUCUCAAUAGAAACCCUAAAAUGAAUCAAAUGUCCUUCCUAGACGACUUUCAAGCUAAUUUGGAAUCACUACCCAACAUUCUGCACAAGAAGUAUUCUUUGCUGCGUGACCUAGAUAAAAGCUUACAAGAAAUACAAAGACAAAAUGAAAAACGCUGUGAGCAAGAGAUUGAGGAUGUUAAGCGGGAAAUUAGGGCUGGAAAUAUUACACCCAAUACUUCACUUUUUAGAUUCUCUGAUGAUGCUCUUGAGGAGCAAAAGCAUAGUGUCAGGAUUGCAGAUGAAAAAGUUACCUUGGCAGUUCAAGCAUAUGAUUUGGUAGAUGCACACAUACAGCAACUAGAUCAAUAUCUGAAAAAAUUUGAUGAAGAGCUUCGACGUGAAAGAGAUACUGUUUCUGCAACUGUGUCUCCUGCACCAAGUCUUGAUGGUAGCACUAAAUCUGGAAGGAGUGGUGAAGGUGGUAGAGGAGGACGUAAAAAAACACGCCUGGCAACAGCAGCAGCUGCACAAGCAGUGACAGAAGCAACAGCAGCAGCAAUUGCAAACCCUACUGGUAUGGAGUUAGACUUACCUGUGGAUCCAAAUGAACCAACAUAUUGUUUCUGCAACCAAGUCAGUUAUGGGGAGAUGGUGGCAUGUGAUAAUACUGAUUGCAAGAUAGAAUGGUUCCACUUUGGCUGUGUUGGUUUGAAAGAACAACCAAAAGGGAAAUGGUACUGUUCAGAUUGUGCAGCUUUGAAAAAUCGCCGCAAAGGCAGGUGAUGUUGAGGAAAACAAUGCUAUGUGCUAUCGUACAUCAAUGAGGUGGAAUUAAAUGUAUUACAGAUGCAAUGCUUGUUCUACCAGCAGAUUCUUCUUUCUUCUUCAGCAAUAUUUCAAGAUUCAGGAUUCUUCUGUUGUUUUAAUUUUUGGUUGAUACAUCAGUUAGCUCUAUUUAGCUUUUAUUAUUAUUAUUUUUUCUUGGCUUA